AAUCAUCAUCACAUCAAAACAAAUCUUUCAACUGUAGGUAGUUCAUGAUGGGCGCGAAGCCCUAUUGCUUGCAUUGAUGCGCGAUUUGUUUACUGCGUUUCCUCGGUUUGAUAACGACAAAACCAUCAGACACCAUAGUUGAAGCAGAGUGCAACGUGCUAGUGUCAGACACAUAGUAGUUAUUACCGUUAAUACUGAUGAUAAGAAGAGGUGACUUUGAUGUUUUGUGUGUGCUUAGUUUCAAGUUUGAUAGCUUAAUCAAAUCUCAGUAGUGCUCACAGCAGACGGUUGACCGUAGGCGGCCUCACGUAAUCCUGCAUCGCUUUUUUCACUCUCUGUUCGAUCGACUUACGGAGCGGUUCACCCAGAACAACAAACGAAAUGGAUCGCGUUACGGUGCUAGACGGAGGAUUUGCCACCCAGCUCUCGGUUCACGUUGGCAAACACAUCGACGGCGAUCCACUGUGGAGUGCCCGGUUCAAUGCCACCAAUCCGAACGCGGUGUUCAAAACGCAUCUGGAUUUCCUGGAAGCCGGUGCCGAGUGUAUUAUGACCAACACCUACCAGGCCAGUAUUGAGGGUUACAUGGAGUAUCUGGAUCUCAGCGAAGCCGGCAGUCUGCAGUUGAUCAAGGCAACGGUCAAGCUGGCCCAGAUGGCCCGUACCAAGUACAUGGCGGACAAUGACGUGCGUAGGGUUCCGCUAGUGGUGGCGUCGAUCGGUCCUUACGGAGCUCAUUUGCAUGAUGGGUCGGAGUAUACGGGCGAGUAUGCAGACUACGUGUCGAUGGAGACGAUUCAGAAGUGGCACCGUGCACGGAUCGAUGCUUGCCUGGAAGCCGGUGUUGAUGUACUGGGCAUUGAGACUAUUCCUUGUCAGAUGGAAGCCGAGGCCAUGCUGGACAUGAUGACCGAAGAGUACCCGCACGUACGGUUCUGGAUCUCGUUUCAGUGCAAGGACAGCACGCACAUUGCUCACGAUGAAAAUUUUGCCGACACUGCCAGCUACCUGUGGAACAAAGCCAAACUCCAAGGCAACGGAAACUUGGUAGCCAUCGGAGUCAACUGUGUCCAUCCGCAGUUCGUUACCCCGCUGUUCCGUUCGGUAAAUGAAAAGCGUCCCACCCAGGAACGGAUUCCGUUGAUCGUGUAUCCCAAUUCGGGUGAAGUGUACAGCGUUGAUUCGGGCUGGCAAGGCAAAGAGGAUUGCGUACCUUUGGAGCACUAUGUGGAACAGUGGGUCGAGCUUGGUGCACGCUUCAUCGGGGGUUGCUGCCGAACGUACGCACGUGACAUCGAACGAAUCAAACAGACGGUGAACACCCUCCAACUGUGAUACAAUGUGACUUGGAAGAGAUUGUUUUUUUAUGCGUGACAAUGCAAUACUGGAUCAUAUUCCAUUAUUUGUAUUUUCGAUUAGUUUUAAGUACGAAUUCACUCGAGAUUACUUUUACGUUUGUGACGAUUCUGUGUAGUUUUAGUUCUCAAUAAAGACCCCCGAAUGUUUUAUUAGACAGACUUA